UGAGAGAGCGAGAGAGAGUCCGCACUCGUCCGCGGGUGGGAACGGGACCCACGGGAAAGUCUCGUUCGAUCGGGAAACCCUACGCAGGGUUUAAGCGCAGCCUCCAUGUGAGUGAGUUGAGGGCGAGAGAGACAGAGAGAGCGAGAGAGAGAGAGAGAUUCGAGCUUACAUUCGUGGAGCGAUGGUGGCGUGUUGCUUCGGAUUGUAAAAUUGCACAACUCUUCCUCAUGUAGAACCAACAUCUCGCAGGGAAUUUUAGGGGACAAUGCCAGCUGAGGUCUGCUGGACGAAAGGAAUUCUCUCAACUACUGCAUGCAUUUUCCCAGAGCAUGUCAAGCAAGUUUUGCUGACCGGUUAUCCAGUCGCCGGCAUGUGGAGGUCGGCAGCACAGCAGCUUGCAAGACAAAAGCUUCACGGUGUUAGAAGUGGGAGAAUAGCUUCGAAUUUCCCUCUUCUUCGGCAGGUUACAACGUCCCAGAGUACAGCGCAUCAGGCCUCAGCUAGUGUACAAUCAUUAGAUAGGGCGUCUGAAUCAGAUCGGAGUUCUGAAUUUAAGUCGGGAUUGCGAUUCUUGAAGCCCUCCACCUCGUCCUCCCCUUCCUCCUUGACACCAUUAGAUUCCGCAUUUAUUGAACUUGUCGAUCUUCUCCCCAAAUGCUGGCAAAGUACCUCUACCACAGAUUUCAACCAUGAUCACAGUAAGCUUCAGACUCCUUUGCAAGUAUUCGAUUCUCGAGCGUAUUCAAGUGCACUUGAAGAAGAUGAAUUGUGUGAUGAAGAUAUCAUUGGCAAAGAAAAUGAACAUGCUCGGGAGGCUUUACCAAAUGGUUCAAACUGGGAUACUGGACUUGACGCUGAUUCUCUUCUAGAGCAAAAGUCGAGGAAGAGAAAAGCCCGAGAAUUACAUAAAAGACAGGUGAAGAUUGAGACCGAAGCUUGGCAACAGGCCGCCACCGAGUAUAGGGAGUUGAUGACCGAAAUGUGUCGGAAGAGUCUUGCCCCAAAUCUACCUUUCGCUCAAUCGCUUCUCUUGAGUUGGUUUGAGCCUCUCAGAGAUGGCAUACUUGAAGAACAGAGGGCUUAUGGAAACCGCGAGCAUAGAGAGCACAGGUCAAUGUACGGUCCCUAUAUGUGUCAGUUACCUGCUGACAUGCUAGCGGUGAUUACGAUGCAUCGGUUGAUGGGGCUGCUCAUGUGUGACCAAGAACACGGAUGCGUUAAAGUCAUUCAUGCUGCAGUUGUGAUUGGCGAAGCUGUAGAGCAGGAGGUGCGAAUAUUCCAACUGAUGAACUCACAGAAGAAAUCAAAGGAUGCUGAAGGCAACACGAAUUCCCUUGGAGAUGUAGCCAAUAACGAGGAACUUGAAGCGACUAGAAAGGCCGACUUGAAGUCCAAGAAGGUGGUGAGGGACAAAGUGAAAAAGUUGGUGAAACAAAAUAAAUUGCGAAGGGUUGAUAGUAUUUUAAAACAUGCAAGCACUGAUGAACCCUGGAGCACAGUGAUUCAUGUCAAGCUGGGAAGCCGUUUGCUAGAGUUGAUGCUCGAAACCUCCUUCGUGCGUGCACCCGCGUGUCAAGAUGGUGAUGACUUUGGUGAGCUACGACCAGCAUUUCAGCACAAGUUUAAAAAUCACGUUCUGCGGCAAAACGUCAAUCGAAUCUACGGCGUUAUUGAGUGCGAUCAACUAGUACUUGCAGAGAUUGAUCAAUCGGUCAAGCAUAUGGUAAUGCCAUACAUGCCGAUGCUGGUGAAGCCUCUCCCAUGGAAGGGGUUUAACGAAGGUGGAUAUUUAUACUUGAAAUCCUCCAUCAUGCGGACACAGGGUGCGAAAGAGCAGCGGAUGGCUGUCAUCGACACUCCUCGAAAACACAUGAAGGUUGUAGUUGAGGCUCUUAACGUGCUAGGAGAGACCGGAUGGAGAGUCAAUAAGAGAGUUUUGGAGGUCGUGGAAAAGUUAUGGAAAGCUGGUGGAGGAAUUGCUGAUUUAGUUGAGGCUGAUGAUGUUCCGAUUCCUGAGAGACCAGACACUUCAGAUAAAGAGGUGUGGCACAAAUGGAAGGUGGCAGUUUCUCAGGCCAAGCGUACUAAUAGUGAGCGGCAUUCUUUGCGUUGUGAUACAGAAUUGAAGCUUGGGGUAGCUAAUAAACUCAUUGAUGAAGAAGCUUUCUACUAUCCCCACAAUCUUGACUUCAGGGGACGAGCGUACCCCAUGCACCCACACUUGAAUCACUUAGGAAAUGACCUUUGUCGAGGUCUUUUGAUUUUUGCUGAUGGAAAGCCAUUAGGACCAAGCGGUCUUCGAUGGAUCAAGAUUCAGCUGGCAAACCUUUACGGAGGGUCUGUAGGGAAAAUGUCAUUUGAUGACCGUGCUGCAUUUGCUGAGGACCGCAUGGAAGAAAUAUUAGAUUCUGCUGAAAGACCCCUGGAUGGAAGCAGGUUGUGGCUGAAGGCUGAGGAUCCUUUCCAAUUUCUUGCAGCUUGCAUUGAUUUAAGGGAUGCAUUGGCAUCUGGCAAUCCAGAAACCUUUGUUUCGCAUCUGCCUGUGCAUCAGGAUGGCUCAUGCAAUGGCUUACAACAUUAUGCAGCAUUAGGUCGAGAUCGAAUUGGGGCAGAGUCGGUGAAUUUGAUUGCUGGAGACAAGCCCGCUGAUGUGUACUCCGGAAUUGCUGAGAGAGUGAAAAUCAUUAUGGAGAAGGAUGCACUUAAAAAUCCUCUCACAAGUCGCAACGCGGCAAGUGCAAGGCUUCUUCAAGGACAGAUUGACCGCAAACUUGUGAAACAGACUGUGAUGACAUCUGUAUAUGGUGUUACAUUCAUAGGAGCUCGCAUGCAAAUAUUGAAUAGGCUGAAAGAAAGAAGUCCCAUAGCUGUUGAUCCAGUUGACACGUAUCGAGCUGCUUGUUAUGCCGCAAAGGUUACAUUAGAUGCACUUGGAGAAAUGUUCAAAGAGGCUCGAUGCAUUAUGUCCUGGCUUGGUGAUUGUGCCAAGAUAAUUGCAGCCGCUGGGCAUACCGUGAGAUGGACAUCUCCGUUAGGCCUCCCAAUAGUUCAGCCUUAUCGGAAGCACAGCCGUCAUUUGGUAAAAACCUCUCUUCAAGUUUUGGCUCUUAGAAAUACAGAUGAUAAUCACCCGGUUCUGGCAUCAAGACAACGAAGUGCGUUUCCACCUAAUUUUGUGCACUCUUUAGAUAGCUCUCACAUGAUGAUGACAGCCCUUGCUUGUAGUAAAGCGGGACUUACAUUUGCAGGCGUGCACGAUUCCUAUUGGACUCAUGCUGGAGAUGUGGAGAAUAUGAACGUUAUACUUCGCAAGAACUUUGUUAAACUUUACAAGCAACCUAUUCUCGAAAACUUGUUGCUGGACUUUCAGACGCAGUUCCCUGAUUUAGUUUUCCCGGAAGUUCCAGCUCGAGGUGAUCUUGAUUUGAAAGAAGUUCUCAAAUCUCCAUAUUUUUUCAACUAGAAUUUCACCGGCAGUGUUUGCUUUUUCAUAAAAGUUUCAUGUUCUGUGGUCUCUGAGUUGUAUGUUUUGUGAAUUAAGAUAGCUUCACUCGACUGUCAACAUUUUCACCGAUUUUAAAUUCAUGCGUCUUACGAGGAGUUGUUCAUUCA